CUAGGCGCCUCCGCCCGCCCUCCGUUCGCAGCCGCCACCUCGGCCUCGCCCAACUCGCACGCCUAGCCCUCGCCCAACUCGCACGCCUGGACCUCGCCGCCGACGCCGAGAUGCGAUCGACUGCCGGCCGCCGCGCACAAUCUACGCUGCCCCCUCUCUGAUCUCAUCAACUCUCCCUCUCCCCUCUCGGCCUCUCCUGCUCUCUCUCUCUCUCUCUGUGUGUGUGCUCCGGCUUCUCCCGCUCUGGUCUCCGUGGCUUCUCGUCGUCCUCCUCCAAUGGAUCCACGACGGCGACUCCAGUGCUCCGGCGCUCCGGCGCCGUCGAGGAACCGAGCGCCCGAGUUGGAUCCGACGUCCAACAACUAUGAGCUCCGGUUGCUUGGUCAAGCAGGAGAUGACGAGGACGACAUGGACGCCGAGUGGGAGGAGUUAUUUGGGAGCAGUGUUGGGCCUCAGGAUGGCAGUGGCAUAGGCGACGCUGCCGGCACCGGCCAUGACACUGCGGCUCAACCCGAGCCGCUCAUCGAUGUCGAACUCAAGCCCUGCCCGACCCAGAGCAUGGCUGGCAAAAAGCGGAGGAGGAAGUCCACUUCUCCGUUCUGGGAACACUUUGAAGAGACCUUCGAGAUGAGGAGAGGUAAGGAGGUAAGAGUCGGUGCAAAGUGUAAGCAUUGCAAGAAACUCUACUCUGGUCUUAGCUCUGAUGGCACUGGACACUUGACUAGGCACAUUCCUAAAUGUCCAGUAUUGAAAGGGCGCCGUUCUAGUGGUGCUCAAUCUUUGCUUCAGUUCAAUUCUGAUGGAUCUGUUGCUAAUUGAGAGUACAAUCCUGAGGUUGCUAGAGUUCAAUUGGUUAGGCUUAUUGCUAGACUUGAUCUCCCAUUAGGAUUUUGUGAGUCAGAAGCAUUCGAUGACUACAUUACCACUGCUCACAAUCCUAGGUUUACUCCUUGCUCUAGGCAAACUACAACUAGGGAUCUAAUUAAAUACUUCACUGAACGUGGUGAUAAACUUGUGGACACUUUAAAAAUUGUUUCAUCUGUUGCUCUCACAUCUGAUAUCUAGUCUAGUAAUGCCAAGGAAGAUUAUCUGUCUGUUGUUGCUCAUUUCAUUAAUUCUGAUUGGCAAUUAGAGAAAAUGAUACUUGGCAUGAGGUUAAUCGAUUGCUCACACAAUGCUGAAAAUAUUGCUGAACGUGUUGCUUUUGUUGCAUCUGAUUAUGGCAUAUCUGAUAAGAUAUUUUCUAUUGCUCUUGAUAAUGCAUCUGCAAACACUAAAGCCAUGGGUCAAUUAACUCCUUUACUAUCUUGUUAUGUUGGUUCUUUACUGUUGCAUCAGAGAUGUGCUUGCCAUAUUAUUAAUCUGAUAGUUAAGUCUGGACUUUAUUCAUUCAAGGAUAUGUUGACUAACUUUAGAACUGCUAUAUCAUUCUUGAAUGCAUCUAAUCAACGCAUUGCUGCCUACAAGAGUUAUUGCAUUGCUAUGGGUGUUAGGCCUAGAAAAUUUUGUUUGGAUAUGGAUGUUAGAUGGAAUUAAACUUAUCUCAUGCUUAAGCAUUUAAUCCCACAUAGAGAGACAUUUUCUGUGUGGAUCACCACUAAUUACCCUUUGAAGGAUGGUGAGUCUCUGCUAACUAAUAAGCAUUGGGAUAUUGCUGAAAAAAUACUUUCUUUCCUUGAACAGUUUCAUGAUUCCACAGUUGUUCUGUCUGGUGUUUAUUAUCCAAUCUCUCCAUUAAUCUUGCAUCAUGUUUUUGAGAUUGCUAGUCAUUUGAAUGAGUACCAGUUUGAUAAUGAUCUAAGGUUUGUUGUUAACCCCAUGAAAGAUAAGUUUCUAGCCUACUGGUCUGAUAUACCUAUGUUGUACUCCUUUGCAUUUAUCUUGGAUCCAAGGGCUAAGAUAAAGGGUUUUACCAGUGUGCUUAGACUACUAUCUAGAUUCAAUUGAUUACUCCUCUUAUUUAACUGAGGUAAGAGCUGAACUGUCUGAGAUUUACAAAAAAUAUGAAACUAAGUUUGGUUCAAUGAGAGUGCAGAGGCCUACUCAACCAGUCACAACUGGUAAGAAGAAGUAUUCAUGGGUUAAGAUAUUUGCUGAUGAUGAUGGUGGGUCUGGUAACUUGAGUUCUGGAUCUUUGGUUCAUUCUAUGCUUGAGUUUGGUUCUGGUGCUACUGGUUCUUGUUAUAGUGCUAGUGCUGCCUCCUUGUCCAGGAGAGGUUCAUCUGCUAGUGCUUUACUCCAGGCAGCACAAGCAGGUUCAUCUCUUGCUGGCUCUGAGCUAACUAGCUACCUUGACAGUGACACAGUUAACUUUUUUUAUGAGGAGUGGAGUGUUUUAUCUUGGUGGCGAGAUCACAAACUAACUUAUCCUGUUUUAUCCAUCUUGGCUAAAGACAUGUUCACUGUUCCUGUUUCUACUAUUAGUUCAGAGUCUGCUUUUAGCACCACUGGCAGGAUCGUUGAGGAGCGAUGUAGAAGCUUCGGAUCUGACAUGGUGGAGAUGCUAGCACUGCCGAAAGACUGGGAGCAAGGCGAUGCAUGGAUGCAACACACCGUGGAAGACAAGGAGCUGGAGGCGGCAUUUCAGGAUCUGUUCCUUGAUGACGACAACAAUUCGGUUGGAGCUGGAGCAUGAUGAUGAAGAUAAGGAGCUGGAGUUGUGCCUGAGUGGCUGUGUAACCCAUUUAUGUAUCCCUUGGAGGCUGUUCCAAGUUGAACUUUGGUUUGUAAUGGACACUUAAGAACUUGAACUUUGAGCUGGCUGUACUCUUUUUUCUUUCGUAGGGUUUUCUCUCGAGGUGAGAGUUUUUCCCUACAAAGGUUUUUAAUGAGGCAGCACUUAAAACAGCUCCAAUAAAGUUUAACUUUCCUUUGAA